GUUAAACAUGUCCGUAAAAUAAUCCGCACAAACUUUAAACAAGUACAGGGUGGGUUUUUUGGUCAGUUUUUUUUAGCUUCGUGAAUCCCUCAUUGUGCGAGGAUGUUUUCGUCUAUCUGGAGUUUUAUUAAACGCCAUAAAAGGAAGUUUAUUUUCUCCGCAGCUGUAGUUGGAGGAGUUUACUUCCUGGGUAAAUAUGCCCAGACGAAGAUCAGAGACAUCCAGGAGAGGGAGGCGACGGAGUACAUCGCUCAGGCCAGACGGCAGUUCCACUUCGAGAGCAACCAGAGGACGUGCAACAUGACCGUGCUGUCGAUGCUCCCUCCGCUGAGAGAAGCCAUCGUCAAUCAGCUCAACUCAGAAAGUCUCACCGCACUACUCAAGACCAAACCAGACAAUAAACUAGAUAUCUGGGAGGAUUUAAAGAUCAUCAGUUUCACUCGCACCAUCGUGGCGGUGUACAGCACCUGCAUGCUGGUGGUUCUGCUCAGAGUCCAGCUGAACAUCAUCGGAGGAUAUCUGUACCUCGACAACUCUGUAGGCAAAACCGCAGUGACUCCUCUCGCUCCACCUGACGUCCAACAGCAAUAUCUGUCCAGCAUCCAACAUCUACUAGGAGACGGUCUGACGGAGUUGAUGACGGUGGUGAAGAGAGCCGUGCAGAACUCACUGGGAAGGGUCUCGUUGAAGCAGAGUCUGUCCCUGCUGGAGCUGGAGCAGCAGGUGAGCUGGAUCAGAGCGGAGGUGGAGGCCGGCUCGGAGCGGCGGCUGUCCUGGUACAUGCUGGCCGACGACGAGAACGCACUCGCCGAUCAGGCGUGCGGGCUGACGGAAAACGACGUGUCGACCAUCAGACUGUUAAACGAGACCAGAGACAUGUUGGACAGUCCAGACUUCGGCACCGUUUUAAACGCCUGUCUGCAUCGGGGUUUCUCUCGUCUCCUUGACAACCUGGCCGAGUUCUUCCGCCCGCCGCCCGGUGACUCCGCCCUCAGCGCCGGACCCGAUAGUCUGGCUGCGGUCAGUCUGCCCCUGGCGAAGAUCAUCCCCAUCGUCAACGGUCAAAUCAACACCAUCUGCAGCGAUACGCCCAGUCACUUCGUUCAGGACCUGCUGAUGAACGACCAGGUGAAGGAGUUUGCCGCCAACGUGUACGAGACCUUCAGCGCGCCGCAGGAGCUGCAGAAAUAAUCCACCAGGUGUGACGAGAGGAAGCGGAGAGAAAGAGAGAGAAAGAAAGAGAGAGGGAUGAAAACAGAUGAUUUAAUGAAGAAGAAAAAGAAAACCUGGACUGUUAUUCCCUCCUUUCCUCCUUUUCUACGAGACUCUUCCUUCCUCGAGACUCCUGCAGACUUUUCGCUCCGUGACGAGUCGUGGCUUAAAAAUCGUCCGUUAAAUCAGCCUCCAUGAUGGAUUAUUGACCCGGUAGAAGGAGGAAGACACCUGCUCCCCCCUCCCUCCCCCCUCCCCCCUUCCUCCCAAUGCAUCUUGGGAGCUGGAGUCUUAUUUAACCUGGUUAAAUUAAACGUGGUUUUAUUUGUCCUGAGAGGUGAUGUUUGGAGGUAAGCCAGAAAAAAAACAACAACAAACAACAAAACACUGACGAAGGAUCCCAGAUUAAACUGAAUCAUGUCAGUUGGUUACAGAUUUUUUUAUAAUUAAUUUUCCUCCUUUUUUUUUCUUUUCUAUCACCUGGUUGGUUGAGUGUUUUAUGUCUGAUCGUGUCCUCGGCUGCUUGGUUACACACUUUGGCUGUGUGUGUGUGUGUUUUUAGAUCAGACGGUUGUUUUUCUUCUUUUCUUUUUUCACAAGUAGAGGGAUGGACGGAUACAGGUCGACACACACACACACACAAAAAAACAGCAGAUUUUAAAAAAUGUUUUCUUCAUGGUGGGAAAAAAUAAAGUAGUAGUAAAGAAGCAGAUUAAAAGUUAUUGUAUUAAAAACAGCCAACGUGAUAAAUUUAACUCAACACUAAAUUGUGGUUAUUUUUUUUAAUUCUUAUGUUCAAAAAAUACACACACACACACACACACACACACACACACACACACACACACACACACACACACAGCAAAGUACUUUAUUUGGGAGUCAGAAAGCACAGAUGUUUGUACUUUCUAUGUCUUCUGUUUUUCACGUGUUGUUCCUCUUCUUGACCAGCAGGUGUCACUCUUCUUCAGGCUGUUUGUGGGGGAAAUAUGAAGCGUUUCAUUCCAGACAUGUUCAGAUCACAUCAGUAUUUUAUUUAACGUCUCAUUCCCUCAUGGUUUAUUCUUAAAUAUUCAACAAUAUCCAGAGUUUUAAUUUAAUGUCAAAAACCCAUUUUCUCACAAUGUUUUGGGGUUUUUUGUGGAAUGAAAUCCUUUAAUCUGUUGUACUUUUCUUUGUUGUUUCUUUAUGUUUAUGUGACAUCAUGAAACGCUGAAAACAUUUUAAGAGUUUUCUGUUUUGGAAAUAAUUCGACAGUUUUCUCUGAUUUUUGUCUGAAUCUUCAGCCACAAACAGACUGAAUGGUUAACGAUGGGUUUCACUUUUUCUCUCUUUUUAUGCCCCAUUCACUACUUUUUAUUGACGGCACUCAUGUUGUAAAAAAAGAAAGAAAGAAAAGAAAGCCACAGAAAACAAAGACAGCAGCUGUUUACUUUGAUUACAGGUGAGUUACAUCAUGCAGACAGACACCUGUAAUCACACAGACAAACAUCCCCUUCUUUGUGUUUUACUACGUUACUCUGACAGAUCUGUCUCCAAACACCACCUGAGCUUUGAUUCAUAGCACCUCUCGGCCAGGCGGGUGGGGUUAGCUACAUGUGAAGCUCAUUAAAGUGGAUUUAUUUCCUCUACUUAAAUCUGUCCAUCAAAAAACUUCAGAACAAACAAAGAAAAAGUUGAAAUAAGAAGUUUUAUUCAGUCCGUGUUUUCUACUCUGAUUGGUCGCACAUGUCCGACUAUAAGUUAAUAAAAAGAAGCAGAUCCUGCAGGUUUGUCUUCAGGUGAGAUUUAUUCUAAACCUUCAGAUGAAAAUAAAAGCAGUGAAUCCUCCUCCUUCAGUCUGUGUGAUGGUUUCAGUCGUUUCCUCCUCAGGAGACGACAGAGAGUCACGUGUUCAGCUGUUUAUUAAACAGUCAGGUGAGAAUGUACAACCCCCCCUCCCCCCCCCUCCAUGUGUGUGUAUCGAUGAUGUCAUCGAUGAUGUCAUGCAUCCUUAAUGACAGCUGAAAUGUUCGUUUGUAGAAAUUUACUGAGAUAAAAAUAAUAAAAGUUUAAACAGAUUUAAUUAAUUUA